GAAACACUCUAAUUUGUAAAUGCUGCUACCGACACAUUUCUCCUGAUCAGUGCAGACAGAUCAAAAUUUGGAGCUGAAGAAGACAUUGAAGCCCCCUAGCCAGGUCCAUGGAAUCGCAGAGGAAGAAGCUAUUGAUGGGCAUGAUUAUUCUCACCAUCUUCGUUUCGGGUUCGAGAGCCUGGACCGGGGAAAUCCAUGGCCGAGUUAUCUGCGAUGUCUGUAGCGAUUCUUCCAUUGGCCCAGAAGACCAUGUUCUCCAAGGUGCUGAAGUAGCUGUUCUGUGCAUAACAAGAUCAGGAGAAGUUCUAAACUACCAGGCAUUUACAAACUCCAAAGGUAUCUACACUGUUGCAGAGACGAUGUCGGAGAGUGACCGAUGGGAUGCAUGUCUUGCUCGGCCGAUCAGCAGUUUCCAUGAACACUGCACCCAACUGGGCGCCAAUAGCUCGGGAGUGAAAUUCAGUUACAAGCAUCCAUCUGGUCACUCUCACACUGUCAGGCCUUUCGUAUAUCGGCCGAGCAGCGUGCCAACAUACUGCAUUUGACAAAUUUCUUAAAUGUAUCAGCAAUAAGGUUGUGAGGUUGAAGUUCCAGAAUGGAGUUUUCUUGUGAAAAAUUGCAUCUGCUAUAUCCUGGUUUGGGUAUAAGCCUUUGCGAAGCAGCUAAUAUAAGUAAAUUCAACUUUGUGAUAAACCAAUUCUGGUUUGAAA